AUGGGUGCCGAGGAUAAUUCGCACGAGCGCGCAGCGCCAGCCACUGCGCCCGUUGACAAGCCCGUUCCGGCUACCGAGUCCGCGAAGCGCAAGGAUGCUCCAGACGCAGUCUCAUCGAAUGCAGAUGGCGAGCCCAGGAAGCGCCAAUUCAACUCGAAUCGCGGCCGCGGUCGGGGCUCAGGGGGCCGAGGUAGUGGCCGAGGAGGGCGUGGUGGGCGAGGCGGUCGAGGCGGCAGAGGAGGCAACCAUGGCGGCGGCGACGACAAGCGCGACGACUCGAGCCAACAAGACGAGCCCAAGAAGGACGACUGGAGGCAGGACUGGCGCGACCGCAAACGCCGCAAAGUAGACGAGAAUGGCAAGCGCGCCGGCGUGCCCGAGGGCCAAUCGAGCUACAUGAGCAUCGCCUUCUCCAAGGACGAGAUCGCCGCCGAAGAACGUCGACCGAAGCGCAAGGUGGCUGUCAUGAUUGGCUACUCCGGCACCGGAUACCAUGGCCUACAGAUUAACCACAAGGAGAAGACGAUAGAGGGUGACCUGUUCGCCGCCUUCGUCGCUGCGAACGCAAUCUCCAAGGCCAAUGCUGACGAUCCGAGGAAGUCGAGCUUGGUCCGGACGGCGCGAACGGACAAGGGUGUUCACGCGGCGGGCAACGUCAUCUCGCUCAAGCUGAUCAUCGAGGAUCCCGAUGUUGUCAAGAAGAUCAAUGAUGCUCUGCCGCCCCAGAUCAGGGUAUGGGGCAUUCAGAGAACCAAUAAUGCCUUCAACUGCUACCAAACCUGUGAUUCACGUUGGUACGAGUAUCUCAUGCCAAGCUACUGCCUCUUGCCGCCACACCCAGAUACCUUUUUGGGCAAGCAGGUGCUCGAGGCCGUCAAGGAGAAGGGCGUCGAGGAGGAAUACAACAAGCGCAUGGAAGACGUCAAGAACUUCUGGGAGGACGUAGAGAAGAACGACAUCCAACCCAUCAUUGAUGCCCUGGAACCAGAGGUUCGCGAGGAAGUCUUGCGCAGAAGACACGCGGCCGAGUCGGAAAGCAAGGGAAAUAAGAUAAUCAAGACAGAUGGCGAAGAGGGUGUCCCGAACGAGACAAAGGAAUCGCCUGCCGCCAAGGAUGUGGAGAUGGAGAAUGCCGCGCCAGAAGAAGCACAGCCUUCCCUCGCGCCUACAGAUGCAGAUGUUCAGACAACAGAGUCGGCGCCCAAGCUGGAUGGGUCAGGAGAGGGAACAGAGGAGGCCCUAAAUGCCUCUGAACAGUCGCAACCGAAGCCUCCGAGGCCUGCAGAUGUGGCGCUGAAGCAGAUCAAGACGGCUUACGUUGCUGCGAAGCGACGUUACCGUGUUACCCCCGAGCGUCUCUCCCAACUGCAGCAGGCUCUGGAUCUGUACGUUGGCACCAAGAACUACCACAACUAUACCAUCGUGAAGUCACCUACCGACCCUUCUGCCAAGCGCAAUAUCAAGUCGUUUGUAGCCAACCCAGAGCCAAUCCAGAUCAAUGACACCCAAUGGCUGUCCUUGAAGGUUCACGGUCAAUCGUUCAUGAUGCACCAGAUCCGCAAGAUGGUUGGAAUGGCUGUCCUCGUUACGCGAUGUGCUACAGACCUAAACCGUAUCACCGAGAGCUACCAGCAUGGCCGGAUCAGUAUUCCCAAGGCUCCCAGCUUGGGCCUGCUGUUGGAACGUCCAGUCUUCGAUAACUACAACGCCCGCGUUGGCGACAACGUGGAGAAGCCUAAGAUUGAUUUCGGCAACUACGAGAAGGAGUUGCAAGAGUUCAAAGAUUCACACAUCUACCAGCGGAUCUUUGACUUGGAGGAGAAGGAAAACUCGUUCCACACAUUCUUCCACCAGAUCGACCAUUUCAAGUCCGAUUACUUCCUGUGGACCACGGCUCGCGGUAUUGGCGCAGCACACCAGAGGGUAGGACAGGCAGAGGAUCUGCCCGAAGGUCUCAAGGAAGAGCUAGGUGAUGAUGAGGGCGAAGAUCCCGAGGGUGGUGAGGGUUAG